UGCGCCAUUUUGAAAGUGUUAUGUUGGGAGAGGCAGGGACGAGGGAAUUCUUAAAAGUAUAGUGCAAAGUCUAAACACCUGUUCUUUAUUCCAGCCUUACUACCGUUUUUCUAUGAGAAAAAAAUAUUUUUAGUCUUUGCAAAAGUUAAGCUAAGGUCGUGUGUGCUUCUUUAAGAAAUAAUAAUGAAAUAAACAUUGGCAGCGCUCGCAGUUUCAUUCCUCUACUCUACACCUCCUCGGUAGUCAGAAAGCAGCAGCAGUGCUCAGUCCAGGGCCUGAGCCCGCUUCACAGACCCCUUCUCUCGCUGGCCCACCACCAUGGCAGGGGUCGGUGAUGAGAGCGACGAGGUGCAAUGGUGUUUUUCCCAAGUCAAAGGAGCAAUAGAUGACGACGUUGCAGAAGCUGAUAUCAUAUCCACUGUUGAGUUCAACCACUCAGGGGAGAUGCUUGCCACUGGAGACAAAGGAGGUCGUGUAGUCAUCUUUCAACAGGAGCCAGAGAGUAAGAAUCAGCCUCAGUGCCGUGGAGAAUACAACGUGUACAGCACCUUUCAGAGCCAUGAACCUGAGUUUGACUACCUGAAGAGCCUUGAGAUUGAGGAGAAGAUCAACAAGAUUCGAUGGUUGCCCCAGAAGAAUGCUGCUCACUUCCUUUUAUCCACAAAUGAUAAAACCAUAAAGCUGUGGAAAAUUAGCGAGCGAGACAAGAGACCGGAAGGUUAUAAUUUGAAAGAAGAUGACGGUCGAUACAGAGAUCCAAAUACAGUCACAACGCUACGGGUACCAAUCUUCAGGCCCAUGGACCUGAUGGUGGAGGCCAGCCCUCGUAGAGUCUUUGCCAAUGCUCACACUUACCACAUCAAUUCCAUCUCAGUCAAUAGUGAUUGUGAAACGUACCUAUCCGCAGAUGAUCUUCGUAUCAAUUUAUGGCAUUUGGAGAUCACUGAUCGCAGCUUUAAUAUUGUUGACAUCAAGCCAGCUAACAUGGAGGAAUUGACUGAGGUGAUCACAGCGUCAGAGUGCCAUCCUAACCAAUGCAAUACAUUUGUGUACAGUAGCAGUAAAGGAGCCAUCCGCUUGUGCGACAUGAGGGCGUCAGCACUGUGUGACAACCAUGCCAAAUUGUUUGAAGAGCCAGAGGAUCCAAACAAUCGUUCCUUCUUCUCAGAAAUAACGUCAUCCAUCUCUGAUGUGAACUUCAGCCACAGUGGACGUUACAUAAUGACCCGUGACUACCUGUCCAUCAAAAUCUGGGACCUCAAUAUGGAGACUCGUCCAGUGGAGACCUAUCAGGUGCAUGAAUAUCUCAGGAGCAAGCUGUGUUCACUCUAUGAGAACGAUUGCAUCUUUGACAAAUUUGAGUGCUGUUGGAAUGGAAACGACAGCGUGGUCAUGACAGGUUCCUACAACAACUUCUUCAGGCUGUUUGACCGAGGCUACAGGCAGGAUGUGACCCUAGAGGCAUCAAGGGAGAACAGCAAACCACAGUCUAUUCUUAAACCCCGCAAAGUAAGCUCAGGUGGGAAGCGCAAGAAGGAUGAGAUCAGUGUAGACAGUUUGGACUUUAACAAGAAGAUCCUCCACACUGCCUGGCAUCCCCUGGACAACAUUAUUGCAGUGGCCACCACCAAUAAUCUCUAUAUAUUCCAGGACAAACUUAACUAGUAUUGCGCCAUCACACAGAUUUAUAACUAGAAUAAAUCUGUCAAAAUUUUCAAGUCUGGCUCAGACCUUGGGUAUGGCUGAUCAUCACAAGUACACUUUUCACGUAUAAUACAAAUUGAACUUACCGGCUCUGUUGACCUAAUUACUGUACAAACUUUGGGAUUCCGAGGCUUAUUUACAUUUUCCACCAGAUGCACAUGUUCAUCUAGCUGCUGGUUACAACUCUACUACAUCUUAGACCAAAGGGAAGAUAUAUGUAAAAAGACAAACAUAUUUUUCAUGUGGGCAUUUAUCCCAAUACUAAUCGUUAAUGCAAUUUGGCUCCUAUAACAUUUGAUUAAUUUCAGCAGGAAAAUGUUUAAUUGUAGACUCAGUUGCACUGGCAUGAAAAAAAUGCUGAUACAAGUGGUCAACACUCCUUAGUUGCACCCACCCAAUUUGACACAUUCACUCACAACUUCUUCCUGAUUGAGUACAUUGAUAAAGGGCCAAUCGAGGAUUUCUCCCACUAAGGUUAUAUUGAAUGGUGCUCUAAAAACAAUGCUGCCACUUCCUUUUCUGCUGCAUAACAAUUUAUACCACGUUAGAUCUUUAUCCUAUGAUUGCCUGUUGUUUACAUUUUUUAAUUCUUAACAGUAGGGAUGACCAAUUUCAGUGGUCAUCUAAAUGGCAUACUUUUGACUGUUUAUGUACAUGCCAAGCAGGGAGGGGGGGGGGGGGGUUCUGUAUUUACCAGGUUAGUUUCCUUUGACAUAAACUACUUAUUUCCUAAGACACACAGCUUUCAGGAAUUUGUUUCAUCAUAUUUUAGGAGCACAUGUACAAUAUAAUGUUUUCAUAACAACAUGGUUGACUUUUGACUGACAGGUGUUUGGGUUCGGGGAACUGAAUCAUGCCAAAAUCAAAUGUGCUUUAUGCCUGUAAAUUAUAGUCAUUUAGUUAAAGCUCUGCUCAGUCAUUACUAUAAUGAAAAUGUACCACCAAUAACAGCUCAGGCUCAAGAGCCCAAGGUGGCCCAGGUGUUUUGUUGGGUGUUGCUGCCAACCUCCACAAAACAAAUGUUAUGUUGCAGACAGGUGACUUUACCCCUUGGAUCAAGUUUCAUUUUUUUUAUAUUUUAUACUGUAUCAGAAGAGAAAAAUAGUCUCUAUAGCUGAUUUAUUUUUGUAUAAAUUAAGGCAACAGUUGUAGUCUGAUCACUGACGUUUUAAAUGGAACUGUCUCUGAUGGUUGGUUUGAAUGUAGAUGGAAGGCUUGUGUGUUGUCUCAGGGCAGAUAUUUGUUUGAAAGUUCUGUGAUGUCAAAUAGGAGCAUGCUCUUUUCUUUUUCUUUUUUUUAAAGUCGAUUUUAUAUCUGCAAAAGCAUAGGCAGGACAGUACAGCAUCUGGCCUGAAAGGACGCCACAAAACCCCCAUUGGCCUUUAUUAAAGCAUAAAGAGUCAAUAUAACCUGACAAAAGCAUUUCAUGUGGCGUGCCAAACAUGAGACACUCAGGGGAAUUCACCACUGAUCAAUGAUCAAAAUAUUGUUCCUUCAAGAUAGCAGGUUCUUAAUACUAAAUAAAAAAGAAGCCUUAAUCAAAAGCCUAUGCAUUUCGAUUGUGUAAGAGUUAAUUGUUAUGACCCAAUGGAGACUGAUCAACAGCAUUAAAUGUAUGGCGUUUUUGACCCUAGCAUCAUACAUAAACUCAUUUUGGGGGAUGUUUAAUUUUUGUUUCUUUCAAGUUCUUAAAUAAAGAUGGAAGAAUUUUGGAA